AUGGCCGACAGCCGCCCCCUCUCGCGCGCCAGCAUCGAGGCCGCCUACGCCCUGAUCCAGCCGCGCGUGCACACUACCCCCGUCCUCACCAGCCGCACGCUCAACAACAUCGCCUCCACCCCGCAGUCCGCCGAGUCGCUCGCCGGCUCGCCUUUCGAAGGCCGCCCGCCCGCCCGCCCCAAGAUAAACCUCUUUUUCAAAUGCGAGAACUUCCAGAAAAUCGGUGCCUUCAAGGCCCGCGGCGCAUUCCACGCCGUGCUGCGCCUGUGCGAAUCGCUGGGCAUCGACGCCGUGCGCGCCAGAGGAGUUGUCACGCACAGUUCUGGAAACCAUGCGCAGGCCCUCGCACUCGCUGCUCAUUCCCUAAACAUCCCCGCCUACAUUGUCAUGCCGCGCAUUUCCACCCCUGCGAAGAUCGCCGGCACAAAGGCCUACGGCGCAAAGGUGAUCUUCAGCGGCUCUACGAGUUCGGAGCGCGAAGAGGUUGUCCGCCAGGUCGUGGCUGACACAAAUGCCAUUCUCGUUCCCCCCUACGAUCAUCCCGACAUUGUACUGGGACAAGGGACCGUGGGUCUGGAGCUGGAGCGGCAGGUCAGAGACAUGGUGCGCGACAAUCCUGAUCUCAGUGUGCAUUCAAAUAGGAUGGGCCAGUUGGACGCCGUCAUAACGCCUCUGGGUGGUGGAGGAUUGAAUUCCGGCCUCGCGACCUGGUUCGCUUCUGAGGACUCCUCGUCAAUGAAGAAGACCCUUGUCUUUGGUGCUGAGCCCUCUUUUGAAGGUGCUGACGACUGCCGGCGUUCGCUCGCGUCGGGCACUCGCAUCACAGCCGUGUCCACGCUCACCAUCGCCGAUGGCCUGCGCACCCCGGUAGGCGAUGUUCCAUGGUCAGUCAUCUCCAACCCUGACAAGGUCCGCGCGGUCUAUUCCGUCACAGAAGACCAGAUCAAAGAUGCUAUGAGGCUGGUGCUUGAGAGGAUGAAAAUUGUCAUCGAACCAAGUGCUGCCGUAGGAUUGGCUGUUGUUCUUUUCAAUGAGGAGUUCAGGGAGCUGGCUGAGAAGGAGGGCGGAGUAGAUGGAUGGGAUAUGGGAGUGGUUUUCAGUGGGGGAAAUACCAGCAUUGAAGCUAUCACGAAGCUGUUUGGGAAUUAA